CGCCUCUGACACGGGCACUUCACUCGUCAUUUUGAGCCCAUCUUCUCGCCCGGUCGUGCUCCGAGGGCCGAGUGACAGUGCUCGGGAGGCCCCUGGGCCGGCGCCCCCAGACGCGUGGAGUGGAGGCGCGUCACGCGCGUCGUGCCGCUCUCUUCUCAUCCUCGCCGCUCUCACCCAUCGUCUCGCCUCGCAACCGAUGCGCCCGCUUGGCGCCGGCAUGCGCUGAGCCCGCACCGCUGCUGCCUCUCCGCGCGCCCGCGCAGCAUGGCCGAGCCGGCGCCCGCCACGCUCAUGCCGCUCACCGACCUGCGCUUCCCCGACGACCUGGGCGAGAAGGUGCGCGUCGCCGGCUUCCUCACCGCCUUUGACGCGCUCUCGUCGCUCGGCGUGCUCAGCCACGGCGGCGCCAGCCUGCUCGUCGACUUUGCCCUCGUCCUCGCCGGCGCCGCGGUUGGGCCGCGCCUAAAGAGCAAGGCGCUCGUGCUCGGCGAGCUCGAGUCGGCGGCGUGCUACCCUCGCGUGCCCGGCGAGCUCCUGCGCGCCUCGCCCGACGCGCUGCCGCCGCAGCCGGCGCCGCAGCGCAACGCCGUGCUGCGUGCCGUGCUGCUGCGCGACAUCGACGACGUCGACCUGCACCUCUGGGAGCGUGCGGCGCGUGUGCAGUCGCUCGCCAUGCAGGAGCGCGCGGCGAGGAGACGGCGUGAGAGAGCGGAGGCGGGCUGA